CUCAGAUUCCACCGAGAUUCCUCCGAUGCUAUGUUCUCUGGAGAUCUUAAAGCUAAGAGAUAUUUCCAUAAUGUGUUCUAGCUGGAAGGGCCGUGUGAAUGUAUGGUAAUGAUUCCGAACAGUUUUGGGUUAGCGAUUGUUGUUUCGGCGUGUUUCUACUCUCAGCUGUGCCACUGUAUCACCGAGUGUGUCGAGGGAUGUUUGUGUAAGUGGAAACAUGGGAAACAAACAGCUGAAUGUGCUGACGCGUUUCUCACGAGUGUUCCUGCUGGCCUGAACAGCGAAACUCAGGUACUAGAUCUUAGUGGGAACUUUUUACAUACUCUCGCUGGCAGGGCUUUCCACUCAGUCAGACUGGUUAAUCUACAGAAAAUAUUUCUAGCUCGGUGUGGCUUAUCAGAAAUUUCGGACGAUGCUUUCUAUCGUGUAUCCAAUUUGAUUGAACUGGAUUUAAGCGAGAAUGACUUGAGCUGGGUACCCACUCUCAAAGACUGUUCACUUCUUCGUCGGUUACAACUUAGUCACAAUCCUAUUCAGCAUUUAUUAAAUAACUCUUUCUCAAGCCUAACUCAACUAACUACUCUGGAGAUGAGCAACUGUCGGAUUCACACUAUUGGGCCUAGCACAUUUAGUGGACUUAAACAUUUGGAAUAUCUUCGCCUUGAUGGAAACAGACUCUCUUACCUCUCGGGCAAAGUUGUUCAACCUCUCCUAACCUUGUACGCCUUAGACCUACAUAAUAAUCCGUGGAUAUGUGACUGUAGAAAUAGUGGCGUGAGGAGAUGGAUGAUAUCCAUGAACGUUCCCUUCUCGAUUCCUCCUCGAUGUCAACAACCGCCCUGGGUCCAGGGUAUAACCUGGGACCUCAUGGAUAUCGAUGACUUUGCCUGUUCUCCCAAGGUAAUUGGAGUGGACACAAAAUCCUCGAUUGUUGAAGGACGAAACGCUACAUUACGCUGUAAAAUAAGAUCUGUUCCAAGUGCAAAAAUCACUUGGCUAUGGCAAGGGAGGAUCAUUAAAAAUCUCUCUUUGAUGUCGUUUGGGCAACAGAUGUAUCUUAUAGAGGAAAGAGGUAAGGACGAGAAGGAGAGCAUUUUAACAAUAAUCAAUGUGAUGAUGAAAGACAGUGGUCGCUACGUGUGUGUGGCAUCAAACCACGCGGGUAACGUGACGGUGAACGUGACAGUUGAAGUUAAUCCUCGAGCUACUGUUGACACAGCAAUAAGUGGAGGCGAGAUUGCAGGAAUUAUAAUUGGUUUGUUUCUAGUGAUCUCCCUCUGUUUUGUUAUGGUCUGUUUCCUUGCUGUGUACCGUAGAAGAAUUCCGUCAGAGGAACGAAAGAGUAUAGGAAUUAAGUUGUAUAAGAAUUUCGAUUCGGUAAAACAAAACCACGUGGAACUUUCAACGUUAAAUAAUGGAGUAGUCGAAGACGAAGAAGCCGGACCAGACAGACAGAAACAGGGGAACAGCGGCUAUUCUUCAGAUGGCACAGCAAGCAUGCCGUCUCAGGCUGACCAUGACGAUGUUAAUAGUUCUUCAACUGGACUCAGUCAGAAGAUAGCCAAUCCGGACUCUGUCCUAACCAGCCUUGUAGACCUGCCAUGCGAUGUUCAGCUCUAUAGUCCGUUAUCAGCACCAGAGCCACGUGAUUCUGACACGUGGAGGUACGCCUUAGGCGAAGACGGAGAUGACAGCUCUUUCUGUGCCAAUGAUGAAGAUCAUUGUGAGAAAAUGUUGUCCUCGUCAAACCCCGACCCUCAACAGACGCACAAUGACAGAACUCUGCCAAAAGAUUAUCUGGGAAGUGAUCAAAACUUAUUGGCGCCAUCUCACAACAGCUUUGCUCAUUACCUUUUUAAGCCAAACUAUUUUCACCUCGACCUGACCUCCGAAGCGCGAGAUUCCCCGGACGAAGGACUCGGAGAUGAACGUGAAUAUGAAACGGAUAUUUUGGAAUAAAUAGAGCUAAUUACGUCUAUUAACUCUUAGUUUGGUGACCGUUUAACCAACUCAACGUUUGACUUAUGGAAUUUUUAAAGAAACGCUGCUUGAGGAUAACUUUUGCUGAGUCACUCCUGCAGGUAAUUUUAAUUACUUCAGAAAAUCUGUAGUAUUUGUUAAAAUAUGUAAUUUUAUGAGCUAUAUUGUAACAGCUGUAGUGUAUUGUUUGUAAUUCUAUAUUAUACAGAGAAAAUAUAUUGAGCCUUGCUAUUUGUUAGUGUGACCGUGCAGAUCAAAAUCUUAUUAUAAAUGUUGUUAAUGUUGUGAUGAAUAUAUCGCGAACUUAUGUUAAUAGUAAAAUAUGUUUACACACAA